CCUUGCAGGGAGAACAGCAGCGUUUUCCACCACCAGCAUUAUCUGACCAUGGUGAAACUGGGCAGCAAUCUCUGUGAGAAGCUGGACAAGGAGCAGGGCACCGGCAGCGGUGAUGACAGCUUUGACAACAUCCCUUUGAUAACGCCGCUGGACGUCAACCAGCUACAGCAGCCCUUCCCUGACAAGGUGAUUGUCAAGACCAGAACAGAGUACCAGCUCCAGCAGAAGAAGAAGAGAAAGUUACAUGUCCCAGGAAUUAAAAAGCUGAACAUAAACCUAUACGAUGAAGUAUCAGAGAAGGUCAAGCUGACGGGGUUGAUUCUCAUUACGAUGGCCUUCCUGGCCUGCCUGCUCAUGCUGGUCAUGUACAAGGCACUGUGGUACGACCAGCUGAGCUGCCCAGAGGGCUUUGUGUUUAAGCACAAGCACUGCACUCCCGCCGCGCUGGAGAUGUACUAUUCAGAGCAGGAAGUGGGACCCCAAGGAAGUCUCUACACGGCCAUUAACCACUUAAAUCAAGGCAAGAAAACCGUCCCUGACCUGCCUUCCCCUUGGUUACCGGUCAUUAAUGCCUUGAAGAAAGCUGAGAAAGGCAAAGAGGAUCCGGCUGGCAUUCAGCAGUAAGGGACAGGAGCCAGACACACCUGGACUGUGGUUCCAGGAGUGCGUGUAUUAACUUCAAGGAGAGUAUUAAUCCAUUCAAAGCUAGUUUUGUGUCCCAAAUCAACCAACAAAAAGACAAUGCUGAAAGGGCGCCUAGGGCAGGAACAAAUUGUUUUCUUUCUGGCACAGAGAAGAGAUUUUGCUCCAUUCUGAGAGAUGCCCCUCCCCCAAUCUCUUGAGCAUAAAAACGUUGUCCGAAUGGUUAUUCUUUGCUUUUCUUUAUUUCUGUAUUUAUAAUGGGGGCUGCCUGGGGAAUCUGUCGGCAUGGCGGCCGAGUAGCCAUUAGAACGCCAUGCCACGCCAAGGCUGAGAUAGUGUUUUUCUGCACCUCCAUGGAUAAUUUGAGAUGGACUGAAGUAAUACUCUUCUUCGUGCUAUACAGGGGUUAGCUUUUGUCUGCACACAUUGCAUUAACCCCAGAAGGACCUUUCGGUCCCUGUCCAGUAGUGUUUCGUUAAUGGUUUUUCGACACGGUGGUUGCUGAGUGCCCAUGACCUUCUUCAUGUCAGGAGGGAA